AUGGCCCCCUUGAAAGUCCUCAUCGUCGGCGGCGGCGUCGCCGGCCCAGCCCUCGCGCACUGGCUCUCGCGCAUCGGCGCCAACAUCACCCUGAUCGAGCGCUUCCCACGCAUGAGGGCCACGGGCCAGCAGGUGGACCUCCGCGGCCAGGGCGUACCCAUGAUGCACCGGAUGGGCAUCGAGGCGGCCGUGCGGGCCAAGACGGUCAAGGAGAAGGGCACGCAGCUGAUCGACACGGCCGGCCGGUGCAGGGCCUUCUUCGCGGCCGCCGAGGGCGGCACAGGGAAGCAGAGCUUCACGUCCGAGUACGAGAUCAUGCGCGGCGACCUGGUCGGCAUCCUGAACGCCCUCACCGAGGGGCGCGCGAACGUGCGGCAUCUGUUCGACACGACCAUCGACAGCUUCACGCAAGACGAGGAGAGCGACCCUGACGGCAAGGUGCACGUCAGCUUCCGCGACGGCAGUAAGGAGGACUACGACCUUGUUGUGGGCGCUGAUGGGACGGGCUCGAAGACGCGGAGGGUCAUGCUGGGUCCCGAUGCGCCGGACCCGCGGCACCGCAUGGGCGGCUACAUCGGGUACUACAGCAUCCCGUCGAAACCCCACGACUCGGACAGAGGCACAUUUUGCCACCUGCCGGGGCCCUUCCACCGGGCUAUUGGCACGCGGAAGGACUGUCCCGAGCUGACGCGUGUCUAUAUGCUAAUGAACGCCAAGGGCGCUCCCGCCGCCAUCAUCGAUGCCGCGUACAAGUCCGGCAAUCUAACGGAGCUGAAGAAAGCAUGGGCCGAUUUAUACCAGUGCGAUUACUGGGAGUGCGACCGCUUCGUAGACGCACUCCGGCAUGCCCCGGAAGCAGACGACUUCUACUGCACACCCUACGAGGAGGUCCGGCUGCCCGAGGGAUCCUGGUCAAAGGGCCGCGUCGUCCUGGUCGGGGACGCAGCACACUCCGGGACGGCAGACGGUUACGGAUGCACCUGGGGUCUUGUAGGGCCGUACCUAUUAGCAGGCGAGAUCGCAGCCCGUCUGCACGGGAAGGAAGCGUUGUCGCCGACCGAAGCGGUGAUGCGAGGGGCGAAGAAGUACGAGGAGAUCUUCCGGCCCAUCGCGACGGCGUCGCAGGGGGGUAACAAGUGGUUUGAUAUGCUGUCGACUCCGAGCUCGAGGCUUGGGAUCUGGUCCCUUCACGCGGUCGCCAGGCUGGCGGCGCGCCUUCGGCUGGAUCAGAUGGCUGGUCUCGGCGAGGAACAGGCGAAGUGGGAGCUUCCGACUUAUCCCGAGCUGGAGGAAGCGCAGAGCUGA